AUGAUCAUUAGCUCUCUCAAUUUUAGGGGAGGCGGGAGUAGCGCAAAGAGACGAAGGGUCAGCCAUAUCAUAAACAAAGGUAAUGCAGAUUUCUUUUUUAUUCAAGAGACAAAAUUACAUUCGAUAUUUAAGUCUUUCACUGGUAGUUUUUGGAGGAAUAGCAAUAUCGAUUAUUCUUUUUUGCCGUCUUGUGGAGCGUCGGGGGGAAUUCUGUCUCUGUGGAAUACUAAUUCAAUUAAGGUGCUGUGUAGUUUUGGUGGAGGGGGGUUUUUAGGGGUGAAGGCUGUUUGGAAGGAAGAGGUGUACUAUCUUGUAAAUAUUUAUUCGCCUUGUUCUUUGGUGGAGAAGCGUUUGUUGUGGGGGAAAUUACUCUCUUUGAAGUCUAAAUUUACUGAUCGAGAGUGGGUCAUUGGAGGUGACUUUAAUGCUAUCAAGAAUAGAAGAGAAAGAAAUGGGAGUUCAGCUUUGCAACCUAGUUGUGAAUGGAGGGAGUUCGCGGAGUUUAUUGAUUUGAGCAAUUUGAUAGACAUUUUGUGCAAAGGAAAGAAAUACUCUUGGUUUAGUGGGGACGGGAGGGUUAGAAGUAGGAUUGAUCGCUUCUUGGUGGCGGACAAAGUGGUUAGUAAAUGGGGAGUGGUCGGCCAAUUUGUAGGGGAUCGUGAUGUUUCGGACCAUUGCCCGGUGUGGUUGGUUUAUGAUAAUUCUAAUUGGAGACCAAAGCCUUUUAAAUUCAACAAUGAAUGGUUUGCUAAUAAGGAUUUCUUGUCUUUCGUGGAGAAGGAAUGGCAAUCGUUUUCGGUGGAAGGGAGGGGCGAUUUUGUUUUAAAGGAGAAGUUGAGACUUAUUAAAGAGAGGUUGAGAUGGUGGAAUUUGAAUGUUUUUGGGAAGAUAGAUUUGGCGGUCGAGGAAGGUGUGCGUAACUUGAACGAAGGUGAUGAAAUGGUGGAUGAGGAGGAUGUCGUGGAAUCUACCGUAGAUGUUGAUAGGAGAAGGAGGGCAUCUAAAGAUUUUUGGAUGAAUUUAAAGAUUAAAGAGAAUAUGUUAAUCCAAAAAUCGAGAUUGAAAUGGUUGAAUGAUAGAGAUGCGAAUAGUAAAUUCUUCCAUAGGGUUAUGAAAGCGAGGAGAAGUCGGAAUCACAUUGGCCCUAUCUUGACGGAUAGAGGUUUUGUUGACUCGGUUUUGGAAGUGAAAGAGGAAGUCUUGACUCACUUCGAGAAAAAGUUUUCCGAGGUGGUGAGGGGGAGACCGAUUUUGGAGGGGAUUUCGUUAGGGGUUUGA